UCAUCGUGGCUCCGUGAUUUCCUCGACUCCGAUUGGCGCUAUUGCGGUGGGUUCUGCCGAUUUUCCUGCACUGUCAUUUUGAUUUGUUAUAGUAUUUCCACUCUAUAAAUACUCAGUUUUUCACCUCAUUUCAUCACUCCUUCAGUCCAGUCUCUUCUCAUCUCAUUUACAGCUCUUUCUAGAAAUCAAAAAGUGAAUACCGGUGGUUUCCAACAUAUCGCAAAGAAACUUCGAUGUUCCUUGGGCGGUUCCUUCACUGCAAAAAACAAAAUAUCAAUCUCAGUAUCAAUGGCGGAGGCAGGUAGCAGGUAUGCAUUAGUCACCGGUGGGAACAAAGGAAUCGGUUUGGAGAUCUGUAAGCAGUUAGCUUCCAAAGGAAUUACUGUGAUAUUAACUUCAAGGGAUGAGAAGAGAGGCAUUGAAGCAGUGCAAUCCCUCAAGGACUCUGGCCUCUCUGAUUAUGUGGUUUUUCAACAACUCAAUGUUGUCGAUUCUGCAAGCAUCGCUGCUGCUGCCCAAUUCCUCACCACAAAAUAUGGGAGGCUUGACAUUCUGGUGAACAAUGCAGGCGUAUCAGGAGUGGAGGGAGAUGUUUCAAGUCUUCAAGAGGCGAUAGAAGCAAUGGCUGCUGCUGUCUUUGCUACCUCAAAGGCUGAGACGCCGCCGCUGCAGCUGAAAGCAAGUGGAACCAUGAUCCAGACAUACGAGGCUGCAGAAGAGGUCAUGCAAGCAAACUUCUACGGUGUAAAGAGAGUGACAGAAGCCUUUAUUCCUCUCCUCCAACUAUCUGAUUCACCAACUAUUGUCAAUGUCUCCUCCUUAAGUGGCCACCUUAACUUCUUGCGGAACGAGCGUGCAAAAGCUGUGUUGAGCAACGAGGCGGGGCUGACAGAAGAGAGCAUUGAUGAGGUGGUGCGAGAAUUCCUCAUUGAUUUCAAAGAGGGGAGAUUGGAGGAGAACAAGUGGCUGAUUGAUGGUGUGGCGUAUCAACUCUCUAAAGCAACAUUGAAUGCGUACACUAAAGUGUUGGCUAAGAAGCACACUGAUUUUAUAAGUUAAAUAUUUACUUACUUACAUUGUCGUUGAUUAAGGAAAUAUGAAAAAGUAAAUAUUAUAUAGAGAAAGGAAUUUGAAUCA